UUAAUUAUGUCUACUAGGUGACCCAAAACAGGCAUUAGUUUAGUGUCUUCCAUCAUAUGUAUAAAAAAACCCAAAGAUUUUGAAUUUGUAUCCACGUACACAAAUUUUAAGAUGGAAGAGUGGCCCUCUCCAACUACCGAGCGGGCGAGAGAAGGAAGCUAAGCUAAGUUAAUGAAGUUAGCUGGUGCAUAUGUAUCAAGCUCGGCCUUGUAACUUGCCACCACUUUUCCUUCCGGUUCCGUGUUACGUUGUGGGCGGCUGCUGGCUUCUGACAGCAGCGAGAGCGAGAGCGAGAGGCCGGCCGGGGGGCGCGCGCCAUGGACGUGGCCGUGGCGCUCUCCUUGCUCUUCUGCUGCGUCCUCCUGCUGGCCUCCGGCGCCAUCGCCUUCCUCCUCAUCCGCCACUUCCUGGCCUCCGGCGCCGAGGCGCGAGCAGCAGCGCCACGCCAUCGUCAGCCACCGCCAGCGGCCAACCAGCAGCAGCAGCGAGCAGCGUCAAUAGCCGUCAAGAAGGAGGAGGAGGAGGCGCCGCGGCGGCUGGCGUGGCGGGAGGUGGAGGCGCUGACAGGCGGGUUCGACGAGUCCGCCGUGGUGGGCCGCGGCGGCUCCAGCGCAGUCUACCUCGCCAGGCUCCUUGACGGCUCGCCCGUCGCCGUCAAGGUGCACCGCUGGUGCGGCGGCGAGCGCCGGCUGCGCGCCUUCCGGCAGGAGCUGGACCUGCUCCGCCGCCUCCGACACCCCAACAUCGUCGCGCUCCUCGCCUACUCCGACGACCACGAGGAAGAAGGCGCGCUGGUGCUGGAGUACCUCGCCGGCGGCACGCUGGCGGACGCGCUCCACGGCACGGCGGCCGCCCCGCUGCCGUGGGCGCAGCGCAUGCGCGCCCUCCACGACGUGGCGUGCGCGUUGGAGCACCUGCACUGCGGCGGCGGCGGCGGCACCUCCACCGCCGUGGUGCACGGCGACGUGUCGGCGUCCAACGUGCUCCUCUUCGACGGCGGCGCGCGGCUCUGCGACCUGGGCUCCGCCUGCGAGGGCUUCUCGGCGGCCGUGGCGCCGGCGCGCGCCGCCGUGGGAUCGCCGGGCUACGCCGACCCCUUCUUCCUCCGCACGGGCAUCGUGUCCACCAAGUCCGACGUGUACGGCUUCGGCGUACUGCUGCUCGAGGCCGUCACCGGCCUGCCGCCGGCGUCCGAGGCCCAGAACCUGACGGCGCGGAUCCUGCCGCGGGUCAGGGAGCGCGGGGUGGCGGGGCUCGUCGACGGCAGGCUCGGGGACGGCGGGCUCGACGAGGAGGAGGCCGCCAGCGUGGCCGAGCUCGCCGUGGAGUGCCUGGCCGCGCAGCCCGGGCUCCGGCCGUCGAUGGCGCAGGUGCGCGCCGCCAUCGCGGAGAAAGCGGCGAGGUCCAUCGCCAAGGCGGGUUACGGCCACCAUAUCCAGCUCAGCAAGCUGCUGGAGCUCACAUGAUUCCUUGCAUUGUCCUUGAUGUUUAUUAGUUAGGGGUACAAAAUUUAGGAUUGUAAGAAAAAUGGAUUAGUCCCGAGACACUAUCCUUUGCAUUGUACCAUGACCUCAAACCAUCAAGACACUAUCGCCCCUCAAUGAUUGAGUGAUCCUGUGUAGCAGGCAGAGGCAGGGGAGUGCUUGUCAUUCAGGUUGUGGCCGAAAGCUUUUGGAGGACCAGACACCUCAUAUUAUGAUUGUUGAAAAGAAAGAUCUGCUAACCAUUCAUACC